AUGUGAAGCUGCGUCUCGGUGGUGACCGCUUGGAGCCGGAAACAGGGCGCUAAUACCAGCAGGAUGCAGAGUCAUCUGUGGGCAGAUAUCCCACCCUGUAAGUGAUCCCUCCACGUCCUCCUCCUCCUCCUCCUCAUCAUCAUGGCAUCUGGAGCUCUGUUUCCCAGCAUGGUGUCUGGCUCCCGCGGCUCCUCCAGUAAGUUUCUGGUGGAGUUCCGGGCCGGUAAAAUGACAAUGAAGGGCAGCACGGUGACUCCCGACAAGCGUAAAGGUCAGGUCUACAUCCAGCAGACGGACGACUCCCUGAUCCACUUCUGCUGGAAGGAUCGCACCACCGGAAACGUGGACGAUGACCUGAUCAUCUUCCCUGAYGACUGUGAGUUCAAACGGGUCAACCAGUGCACCACAGGCCGGGUCUACGUGCUGAAGUUUAAAGCCGGCUCCAAAAGACUCUUCUUCUGGAUGCAGGAACCAAAAAGCGAUAAGGACGAUGAGUUCUGCCGUAAAGUGAACGAGUACCUGAACAACCCGCCCAUGCCCGGCACGCUCGGCAGCGGCGGCAGUGGAGGACACGACCUGUCUGCGCUGGGAGGUGAGGGGGGUCUGCAGAGCCUUCUGGGUAAYAUGAGUCACAACCAGCUCAUGCAGCUCAUUGGGCCAACUGGACUGGGAGGGAUCGGUGGUCUGGGGGCUCUGGCUGGGCCUGGUUUGGCCAACCUGUUGGGGAGCAGCAGCAGCAGCAGCAGCAGCAGUGUUCCUGCUGUCAACAACUCCUCCACCAGCCCGUCCACCGCCGUCACGCCCACCUCCACCUCCGCCACCAGCCGCCUCGGCUCCUCCCAAGUUCCCACCACUCCCAUCACUCCCCUGCCUGCCUCCCCCACGGCCACCACCCCCUCCACCCCUGCGGCGCCCUCCCUGGCGGCGGCGGCCAACCCCACGCAGCCCAUCCAGCUGAGGGACCUGCAGAGCAUCCUGGCCACCAUGAACGUUCCCACCAGCAGCCAGGGAGUGGACCUUGCCAGCGUCCUGACCCCUGAGGUUAUGGCUCCCAUCCUGGGCAACCAUGAGGUGCAGCAGAGGUUGAUGCCGUUCCUGCCGACGGGCGAGUCUCUGCCUCAGAGCUCAGAGGAGCUACACAACACGCUCAGCUCGCCUCAGUUCCAGCAGGCUAUGAGCUUGUUCAGCAGCGCUCUGGCUUCUGGACAGUUGGGGCCUCUGAUGAACCAGUUCGGCCUGCCUGCAGAGGCUGUUGAAGCAGCAAACAAAGGAGAUGUGGAGGCGUUUGCGAAGGCCAUGGAGACGGAGACCAAGCCGGAUCAGGACAGUGACUCCAAAGAGAAGGAGGAUGAUGAAGACAUGAGUUUAGACUGAAUGAAGAUAACCUAACACUGCUAUUUAUUUCUAUUUAUUUAACUGCUGCUGUUUUUGUCUGAAGACAGACUAUUAAGCUAAAGACUUAAUGUUGCUAAAACUGUGACUCUCAGCUAAGAGCACUUUGAACCAAUAUCUGCUGAUUUAGCUCAGUGAUUGUUGAAGCUGCAUGUUCUCUCUUCACACCAGAGUAAAACCUGAAAAAACACUA